UCCACAGACCACAGUGACUUUAUAAAGGAGUUUAAUUAAGAACAGAUAUAGCAGUUCCAAGCUUUAGGUCACUAGGAAGUACAAUCCCUCGUAAGCUUCUUUUAAAGAUGAUCCAUCCUUCAUAAGUAGCAAGCAUCCUUCAACUUGUCGACCGAACACCCCCAAAUCGAUGGCCACUCACCUGGCUAACAACCUACGAGUAUUCGAAGUUUCCAUGCCAAAACAGCAGUGCAAAAUGUUGGGAAAAUCCACUUGCCUGGCCUUCCUAAUGAUUUGUCUUCACCCUCUCUUGCUGUGCUCGGCGGCGUCGGGGCCGUCGCAGCUGGGCGCCAGCUCCGCGCUCUCCGUGGAAGACCACGCGCGGCCCUUCCUCGUGUCCCCCGACGCCACCUUCUCCUGCGGCUUCCUGGAGGCCGGCGAGAACGCCUUCUCCUUCUCCGUCUGGUACACCGGCGCGGCGGACAAGACCGCCGUCUGGACGGCGAACCCCGGCGCGCCCGUCAACGGCAGGAGGUCCAGGAUCACGUUCCGCCGUGACGGCGGCCUGGCUCUCACCGACGCCAACGGGACCGCGGUGUGGGAGAGCAAGACGAGCGGCGAGGGCCUCACCGUCUCCCUCCUCGACUCCGGAAACCUCGUCAUCUCGGACCCGUCGGGCACCGCCGUGUGGCAGAGCUUCGACUGGCCGACGGACACGCUGGUCCCGUCGCAGCCGCUGACCAAGGAGACAACGCUGGUUUCGGGGUACUUCAGCCUCUACUACGACAACGACAACGUGCUCCGGCUCCGCUACGACGGCCCCGACACGUCGAGCAUCUACUGGCCGUCUCCGGAUUACAACGUGUUCGGUAACGGCCGGACAUCGUACAACAGCUCGAGGAUCGGCGUCCUCGACGACGACGGCGUGUUCCUGUCCAGCGACAACCUGGCAGCCCGUGCCUCCGACCUCGGCCCCGGCGUCAAGAGACGGCUGACCAUCGAGCAGGAUGGCAACGUGAGAAUCCACAGCCUGAACGCGACGACCGGGGGCUGGACGGUGACAUGGGCGGCGAUGGCGCAGCCGUGCUCCGUGCACGGCGCGUGCGGCCAGAACGCGAUCUGCGAGUACCAGCCGGGCCUCAGGUGCUCGUGCCUUCCCGGUUACGAGAUGGUCGACCGGAAGGACUGGAGGAGAGGUUGCAGGCCCAUGUUCAGCGUCACCAACUGCAGCCAGGGCCAGGCGCCGCCGGAAGGGCGGUUCAAGUUCGUCAAGGUGGCGCAGACCGACUUCUACGGCUACGACCUGGGGUACAACAGCUCUGUAACGUUCGAGCACUGCAAGAAGCUAUGCUUGGAGAUGUGCUCCUGCUCCGCCUUCUCCUACCGGCUUACAGGCACAGGCGUCUGCUACCCAAAAGGCACGCUCUUCAACGGCUACACAUCUCCAAACUUCCCCGGGAGCAUCUACAUCAAGCUGCCUAUCGAUUUCGACGCCUCGGCGCAGCCGGUCGCUGCACAUAGCUCCCAAGGCCUUGCCUGCAAUCCGGACGGUCCCGAGAUCAUCCAGGGAUAUCCAGACACGUUCCGGAGACCCAGGAACAACGCGAAAUGGUCGUACCUAUUUGCGUUUGCCACGGUGCUGGGGGUUGUUGAUGUCAUCUUCAUCGCAACAAGCUGGUGGUUCCUCUCCAGCAAGCAGAGCAUUCCCAGCUCGCUGGAGGCAGGCUACCGGAUGGUCACGGGCCAGUUCAGGAGGUUCACGUACCGGGAGCUCAAGGACGCCACGGGGAACUUCAAGGAAGAGAUCGGUCGCGGCGGCUCCGGCGUCGUGUACCGCGGCGUGCUCGACGGAGGGAAGGUGGUGGCCGUGAAGAAGCUGACCAACGUGGCGGGAGGCGACGAGGAGUUCUGGGCGGAGAUGACGGUGAUCGGGCGGAUCAACCACAUGAACCUCGUCAGGAUCUGGGGGUUCUGCUCCCAGGGCAAGCACAAACUGCUGGUGUACGAGUACGUGGAGAACGAAUCGCUGGACAGGCAUCUGUUCGACAUGGAUCGGACGGCCCUGCCAUGGCGCGAGCGAUAUAGGAUCGCGCUGGGCACGGCCAGGGGCCUCGCCUACCUCCACCACGAGUGCCUGGAGUGGGUCAUCCACUGCGACGUGAAGCCGGAGAACAUCCUGCUGACCCGGGAGUUCGACGCCAAGAUCGCCGACUUCGGGCUCGCCAAGCUGUCCAAGAGGGACGGUGCCGGCGACAGCUUCCAGCUCUCCCACAUGAGAGGGACGACGGGGUACAUGGCGCCGGAGUGGGCUCGGAACGUGCCCGUCGAUGCCAAGGUCGACGUGUACAGCUACGGCAUCGUGCUGCUGGAGAUCGUGAUCGGGAGAAGGAUCUCGGACCAGACGACGGCGGGCGGGGAGCGGCUGGAGAUGUCGCAGAUCGCCCAGGCGCUGAGGCAGGUGGUGGAUACCGGGGACGUCGUGCCCUUGGUGGACGGCAGGCUGCAGGGGCAGUUCAAUCCCCGGCAGGCCCUGGAAAUGGUGCGGAUUUCCUUGUCGUGCAUGCAGGAGAGGAGCAACGCCAGGCCGACGAUGGACGACAUCGCCAAGAUCCCAGCCGGAGGUCUAAAACUGAAGGUCCAGCGUCGAAGGGAAACCUAAAGAUGAGUAUCCGAUCAAGCAAAGUGCCCGCGUUGUUGCUGAAGGGUGUCACUGAAGGAAGCGACCGAAGAGGAAGGCGCAAAGAGGCGAACGUGAUGAAGUUGAGCGAUGGUUCACCGAAGACUCGCGGACUUGAACCUUCAACGUGUAAUUAACUUCGGAAGAAUAUAGGCAUAUGAGCUGUAAAAUAGUAAAAGAGGAUAGGUCAGGAGGAAAUAAAUAUGUACCCUUGGAAUAUUCGUAGAAUAUAGCAG